AUGUCCCGAAACAGCAGCGAGAGAGAAGGCAGCGCUUUGCAGAGUCCCAUUGCCUGCGAGAGUUGUCGCCAGAGGAAACGACGGUGUGAUAGGAAGUUAGGAAUUCCUAAUGGGUACCUCAACAAACUUGAAACACGACUGGCCGAGACUGAAGCUGCUCUCUUCCGUGUACUCUUGGGAGCCCUUGAUCAUACCCAAGGUUUAGACUCUGCUUCCUCAUCUGCUCUCCUACCCCAAGCCGCAUGGACACCAAGACAGAACAAGGUCGACCGUGUCAAGGAAUGGGAUAGCCUCCCGUUGCAGACACCUGACGAUAUUCAAGCCUGGUACCGGUCCAAGGCUACAGAGCAUACUGAUCCUACCAUCGACCUUCCCGCCGCGAGUCCGCAGUCGCUCAUAUCGACGGUAUCUGAUCCCAUGUUUGCGCCACCUCCACCACCAAGAGAUCCUGGCUCGGUGCCUGGAUCAGUGCCAGACCACCAGGGAAUUUCCGAUGCGGUCAUUGAGCCUCAGCUUCGAGCCAUGACGCCAAUGGUCUCUACUCCUGUGAACAGGACAUCGUCUGAUAGCCUCAGCAAGGCCAAGGAGUUGUCCAAGUCGCAGCAGAACCUUUACUUCUGA